GUGAGGGAAUUCUGUCGGCGGACCCAGAGGAAAACCCUGAUUACUGGAACGCAAACACAGUGAUGAUUCCCUACUGUUCCAGUGAUUCUUGGAGUGGAGCCAAACCAGCUGCAGAAAAGGAUCACCGUGGCGAUGCAUUGAUGAAGAUCACUUUAGCAAGACAAUCUCCGGUUGUACUCAUCCGUGAGGAUGCCCAGAUGACCACCGUGAUCAACCGCUUGAUGGCGCCUGUGAUGCUGUCGCUUGAUUCAGUGAGAGCAUGUUGGAGAGCGCAAGCAGAAGACGCAGACCCUGGAGAGGACGAUGCUCACCUCUGCUCUCCCGUCAAAUCCGUGAAGCUAAGAAUCAGCUACUGGAGCGGACAGGUGCCCGAACGAUGUCAAGAGGAGUACCCGACAGAACACUGGAGGUGCUACUUUGGUUACCGCGCCUACAACACCAUGAGAGCGCCGCUGUUCGUCUUCCAAUGGCUGUACGACGAGGCACAGAUGACGGUGGACAACGUUGGGCCGCCCGUCACCAAGGAUCAGUGGGACUACAUACACGGCAUGGGCAACGAACUAAAGGCGACAUUCCAGAACGUGUCGGCCAUGUUCGCAGCCUCCUGCCUGUCACACAUCGUACUCACAAAGAAGGAGUGCAAGUACCGUUAUACUAGAUGGACCAACGACAGGACAACCACAAACACCACCGCAACCCAACGGAAUUCGACCUGCUCCGCUUUCCCUGAGGUGAUGCUGAGUGAUCAGGCGGAGUCAGCAGCAGCAGCGUCAGCAUCAGCAUCAGAACCGACACGUCAGCGGAGUCGGCUGAGCAAGCAGCAACGCAGGCAGGAGCGACUCUCUCGCAGACAGCGAACUCGCAACAGGAAGAGCAAAGCUCGGAAUCGUCAGCAGACGAAGCGAGCGGCCACGUUUGAAGACGACGAGGAUUUCGACCACAGGUGGCGCCUCCACAACAGCCGAUGUCGGCACAGGCUUAUCGACCGCUGCGCGUGGCCUCAGUGCAACCAGGCGUGCCCCAAGCUACGCAACCCGUUCACCGGCGAGGAGAUGGAUUUCAUUGACCUGUUGAAGUCAUUCGGACUCGACAUGACGAGCGUUGCCAACGCGCUCGGCAUGGACGUCGCCCUGCUCAACAGCAUGGACCACGACCAGCUGUUGCAGCUGCUCGCCGAGUACACGCGGCGACGCUAGGGGGCGCCACCGCACGGCGAUGCUAGCGAGGGGGCGCCACU